AUGAGAAGAUAUAAUGUAGAUAUUCUGGCAUUACAGGAAACUAAGCAAAAGGGCAAAACGAUCACAGAAGUGGAAGACCAUACAUUUUUUAAUAGUGGGGUUGAGAAUAGGAGAUUAGGGGUAGGAUUUAUAGUUAAUAACAGAUUUAAAAAUGAAGUCAUUGAGUUUGAGGGGGUCUCAGAUAGAAUAUGUAGAAUAAGAAUCAAAGGCCAAUUUAGAAAGAUUAAUAUAAUAAAUGUGCAUGCACCAUCUGAAGAAAAGGACCUGGAAAUUAAAGUAAAGUUUUAUGAGGAUUUGGAUAGAAUCUUGGGAAGGCUUCCAAGGUUUGAUGUCAAAUAUGUAAUUGGUGCUAUGAAUGCUAAAGUGGGAAGGGAGGAGGAAUACAGAGAAGUAACGGGAGGUAAAAGUAGACAUGCAAUUAGUAAUGAUAAUGGAAAGAGACUGAUAGAAUUCGCGUUAGAGAGUAAUAUGAAAAUUGUCAGCACCGCCUUUGACCACAAAAAUAUACAUAAAGAAACGUGGAUAGCACCAAAUGGCGAGACAAGGAACCAAAUUUAUCAUGUCCUUAUAGAGAGAAAACAUGCUAAGGACGUUACUGAUGUGAGAAGUUACAGAGGAGCAGACAGUUACACUGAUCACAUAUUAGUUAUAAUAGAAAUGAGACAGGAACGACCUUUUGAGAAAAAAAUAUGUGAAAAGGGGAGAGCGGGUGAGAUAUGA